ACCACCAACCAAGUCAACCUUCAGGAGUGGCUCCCUUCUGAACAGCAUUUACCCCGUCAACAACCCUCGGAUUCGCUUCGCAACUGAAGCCAAAUACCUAUAAAUCCAUUUCCUCGUCCGUGUCUCACGCUCACCUGUGCGGCCGGCUUAUCACCCACAUCUCCUUUAUCCCACCCCGACACGUCCGAUAGUCAACCCAUACACCGAGUCAACAUGUCUCCGUCACAGCGCGGAGCACAGGCAUAUAUCCCUAGCCUGAAAUCACUCUUUCCAGGCGGUGAAACGGCUGGUGAGGGAAGCUCCAAUGGCAGUAGUACGCGUACGCCAAGGCCUGAGUCACAACAGAUGAGCUACUUCAUCACCACCCAACCACCCUGGGAAGCGAGGAGGCCCAACACUGGAGAUGGCAGCACAGAGGAGCAGAAUGAUUUUGGUGUGAGGAGUAUGGAGAGUGAAAGGGGGAAGGGGAGCAUGCACGAGUUCUUCGAUCACCACGCGCAGCAGGGGUACCGCUCCGAAAGCGAGUCUUCGGCUGCGGAAGAUGAAGAUGAUGAAGAAGAUGAAGUCGAGCAGGCUGCCUGCGAAGGCCAACGACAACGUUCACGGCCUUGGCGUCCUGCCUCCCUCCCUACUCCACCAUCCUCUCUUCCAAGAACUACCCCGAUGCGCCCGGACUCUACCGCCUCCUCGUCAACACCAGGAUCACCCCUCUCAAUCCCAGCAACCAUCGCGUCCUCCUCCCGCUCUGUCUCUGACGAUGAACACCCUCCUCACCCUCGUUCUACGACGUCCACUUCCGAGCCCGGUGCAAAGAGUAACCCAAGACCAAGGCCAGGUGUUCUCAGGAUGCCGACCAUCACUCUACCUGCACCCAAGAAAUCGACGGGUAGGGGUGAGAAGAUGGGCAGGAUCCGCAUCAUGGUCGUUGGUGACUCAGGGAUUGGAAAGACUGCUCUCGUCGAAGCCGUGCUGAAAGGAAGCAGGGAUGUCGUAUGGUGGGACGAAGCUUCGUCUACCGGACGUUCGAGAUCAGCCUCAGUCACUACUACUCUGUCGGGAUCUGGAGGGAGUAUGACGGCGAUAAAGGAGACCUGGGCAAGUACGAGGGCGUAUCCGGCAUGGUGGCCGGACGUCAUUACGUCUGCCAACUCAUCCGUUUUAGGCUCUGCGAGGAAGAGGCGUAGGUCGAGUAUGGCAAGUAGUCUAAGUAACCCUGAACAACAGAGAGUUCUGGAGAGGAAUAUGUGUUGGGUUGAUACCGAGGGGUACGGAGCUGCUACAGACUUCAGAGACUGCGUGAGUAAUGUCACGACCUAUUUGGAAGCCCAGUUUGCCCGCGUGGACAGCGUUUUGAGUCCUGAUCUAGGACAUGCGACAACGGAAGACGUAGUCAGUAUCUUGAGUGGUACAGGAGUCGGAAGCGGAGUUGGGUUUGUCGAUGUGGUGUUGUAUCUCGUCUUGCACCGGUUAAAACCCGUCGAUAUCGAGUACAUGCGACGUCUGGCCCCCUUGACGAAUUUGGUACCUAUCAUCGCAAAGUCGGAUACCCUCACCGAUGCGCAGAUAACGGCGCUGAAACAGAACAUCAACGCACAGCUUGAUGAGGCCGGGAUUGAGUGCUUCAAUUGGGGUGGGGAGGGGCCGGGAAAUCUCUCGCCUUUGGCGGUGAGUACGCUGAAGAGGGAAGGCGUGGAUGUGGAGAUGGAUGCGAGUGUCCUUAUGCGGUCUACUGCUUCUGUCGCAUCUGUUUCGGAUCAGGAGCAGGGUAAAUCUGGAGACGAUCUUGCCGCGUUGGUGGAGAGUGAGCUUGAGGUUCUGAUUGAGGGCAUCUUCGGCGAGGAGAUGGGACAGUGGUUGCGUGCGAGCUCAGCAGCGAAGUUCCUGGUCUGGCGCGCUGCUCAGCAAACAACCCCAACCACCUCGACUACUCUGUCGUCCGUUGCAUCCUCUGCUGAAGGUUACGCCAUGUCUCGCGCCCGAGACCGCAUUGUACGCGAAGAACGUGCGGCGCAGACUCGUCUUAGUAAGUGGUCUGAAGAGAUGCGUCAGAAUAUCAAGGAACGAAUGAGAAAGGAGAGGGAAGACUUUGAGAGGAUUGUUGGUGGUGAGCAGGUUAAGUGGUUGCUUGGGCGCUUGGGUGAGGUUGUUGAGAUGCAUCCGGGCUUAAGCGCACAGGCGAAUCAAUCUCGUGCACAGGAACUGGUUUCCCUGUCCGGAGCUCAAGACACUCAGGAGGAAACUGGAGAUGGGAGGACGGCAGCCGUGACUUGGAGGAUCGUGGCGGCUGUUGUGGUGCACAGUGCUCUUGCUGUGGGCGUGGGAGUUCUGGCGCGGGACGUGUUGGGCAGAGGAUGGUCUGCAUUGUAUUUGGGUGGUGGUUGGUCUGGCGUGUGUACUUAAGGAUUUCGUUUGGUGUCGGUGUUCUUGAGCGUAUCAUGCUUUCUCUAUUUUAUGUUCUUGUAGUUUGUACAGUAUAUUU